AUGGAUUCCCUGAACAGAGAUCUGGUAUUACAUGGUUUCAAAGUUGAAGAAGAUGAAUGGGGUGUUUCAGCGACCCUUACUUCAAGGAAAAUGCUGGAAAGUAAUCUCACCAAAGUCGUCUUCCCUGUCAUCUACAUCAUCAUUUUUAUCAUCGGAUUACCCAACAAUGCCAUAGCCAUCUGGGUCUUCCUGUUUAGGACCAAGAAAAGGCAUCCAGCGUCCAUCCUAAUGGCCAGUCUGGCACUUGCUGACCUUUUCUUUGUUAUUUGGCUUCCACUGAAGAUUGCCUACCACUUUAAUGGCAAUAACUGGAUUUUUGGAGAGACACUGUGUAAGGUGCUGGUGGGCUCUUUCUAUAGCAACAUGUACUGUUCAACUCUAUUCAUAGUAUGUAUCAGUGUGCACCGCUACUGGGCAGUUGUGCACCCACUUUCUAAUAAACUGAACAACCGGGUAGCAGGGUGUGUAUCUGUGUUGAUAUGGGUUAUGGUCUGGCUCCUCAGUAUUCCACUAUACCUGUAUGACCAAACAGUUAAAAUCAGUAAUCUCAACAUCACCACCUGUCAUGAUGUUGCUCGCUUCAGUCAGUCACACUUACCUGUUGCAUACUUUCUGACUAUGGGUAUUGUGGGAUUUGUAGUUCCCUGUAUUGUGUGUGUGGUGGCGUAUGUGCUGAUGUUUUACCAUCUCGGAAAUUCCACUAUAGAUUCCAGCAGUGGUAAAAAGAAAAAGAAAGCGAUCAGGCUCAUGAUUGUUGUACUGGUUUUGUUCCUAGUGUGUUUCACUCCCAGUAACAUCUUACUGAUGGUGCAUUACUCUCAGCUGGCUGCUGGGUUUCAGAAUGAUGUCUAUGGCGCAUACAUUGUUGCACUGUGCCUGUCCAGCCUUAACAGCUGUAUUGACCCAUUUGUGUAUUAUUUUAUCUCUGAGGAGUUCAGAAAUCAUGUGAAGAAUACAUUGAUGUGUCGCAGUGAGCGAACAGCCAAAAGAAUGAAGGUCUCGUUCAGUGCUCUGAAAUUUUCCAAAAGCAACAACCAGGCCAACCAGAGACAGAGCAGCACUUACACAUCUGACACAACUGGCACACAGACUAGCAGUUGCUAA